AUGAGCAUCGGACAUGUUAGAUUAACGUCAACAUCGAGAAAAUUGCAUUCGCUGAAUACCGAAGUACUAUCGAUGCAAGUUGGAAUAAAAGCGUUUGAAAAAGCAACAUACGCAAUUUUCGCUGAUGAAGAACGACAAAUAUUUCAUUCGAUCAAAAAAUUGGAAGGAAGAACUGUCGACCUUGAAAACGAACUCCUUAUUUUUGAGAAAGCGGAAAACGAUAUUGGAGACGACAUCGAGUUGAGCAAGAAGGGUCCACUACUCCACCAAUGCUGGUUGCAAAAAAAUUAG